UACGGGGGAGAUCGCCGGUCCCAGGUUCCCCACGACGCACGUAAACAUAAUAUUCGUAUAUUAUUGCGAAUUGUUACGUCGGAGUUUUUUUUUCCAAUUAAUAAAAAAUGGGUAACUCUGCAGCGAAAGUAGUAGCGAAGCCGGAAGAAAAGAAAAAGCUGAAACCUUGCUGCGCCUGUCCUGAAACUAAGAAAGUGAGAGACGCAUGUAUUAUAGAAAAGGGCGAGGAAAAUUGCGGCGACCUCAUAGAAGCGCAUAAAACUUGUAUGCGAUCAAUGGGAUUUAAUAUAUAAAACGCAAUAGAGUAACAAAUAUCUUGACACAGACAAGACAUCUUUGUCGCAGUGAACAUACUCUGCAGAAAAUCUUGAAGAGUCUCAGGUUAUAUAAGCAUAUUUAUAUGUUUAUGCAUCUAUGCUUUGUGUAAAUAAUUUUCUUUUUAGAUUUGGUAAAGAAUAAAGUAUUGUAAAGCUACAAAAAUCUAAUCUAUAUAAGUUAAUUUUGUUUUGAACGAGCUUUGAGAAAUGUGAAGUAGACUGUUGUAAUAUAUUAUGUGUAAGAAAUAAAAGUUGUUAUUUCAAUAAGAUUUAUCAAUCUAAUUGUGAUACAUUGAAAGUGAUUGAUGGAAAUAUCAUUGCAUCCAUUGAUCCUGAAUUAGAAAAAGCAAGUUGAUGGCAGAUUUUAAUUCAGUAAUAUCUUACGAAGUUAAUACUAGUUAUUUUAAAAGAGCUCUGGAAAAACACACCUAAUGAUGGGUAUACGAACAUGAAUUUCAAAAUGCGAAUGUUCUUAAUUAAAAUAUAGGAUAUAUAUGUAAAAGUAUAUUAUAAAACCGAGAUAAUUUACAACAAAGGAUUAAAGAUUAACUGAUCGAAA